GACUUUGCCAGGGAGCCACCUCAAAGCAUAUCAGGUUACUUUGAGUGACAGCGUAACCAUGGCAAAUAAUUAUACUAAGGCUAUUGUCUUAUCCUCACCAUCCCCGGGUCAAAUAACCGACCAAUCAGAGUUCAUAUAAUCGCUUGUCUUGCCAGCUUAGAAUAAUAUUAUUAAAACGAGCCAGCGAGCCCGGUCUGCGGGAGAAGGUUAUGUUGAAACGGUGUAGAAAAGGUGGAGGAGGACGGUGGAAGGAGUUGCAACUUUCUUUCUCUCUUUCUCACCAGUUUCACGAGGAGUUGUCGCGUGAGGUUUUUGCGCAGCUGAAUGGACUUGAGUUUAUUCCUCAGCACGCGGCUGGAUAUUAAAACGCGGCUCACUGUCAAACUUUUUGGGACCUUUUGUCACUUAUGGACUCACUGCGUUCUGAUUUCAUGUGAGACUGAGUGUGGGGAGACGUGGAAAUAAGGCACAAUAUAAUCUGCAGCGGUUUACGUUGUCGCCAUGUCCAUGCUCCCAACGUUUGGGUUUACGCAGGAACAAGUGGCGUGUGUGUGCGAAGUCCUCCAGCAAGGAGGCAACAUCGAGCGGCUGGGCCGGUUCCUCUGGUCCCUCCCGGCGUGCGAGCACCUCCACAAAAAUGAGAGCGUCCUCAAAGCGAAAGCCGUGGUCGCGUUUCACCGCGGGAACUUCCGAGAGCUCUACAAGAUCCUGGAGAGCCACCAGUUUUCCCCGCACAACCACCCGAAGCUGCAGCAGCUGUGGCUCAAGGCGCACUACAUCGAGGCGGAGAAGCUGAGAGGCCGCCCGCUCGGCGCCGUGGGGAAGUACCGCGUCCGGAGAAAGUUCCCACUGCCACGCUCCAUCUGGGACGGAGAAGAGACGAGUUACUGCUUCAAGGAGAAGAGCAGGAGCAUCCUCCGCGAGUGGUACACCCACAAUCCCUAUCCGUCUCCGCGGGAGAAAAGAGAGCUGGCCGAGGCCACGGGACUGACCACCACACAGGUCAGCAACUGGUUCAAAAACAGACGACAGAGAGACCGAGCAGCGGAGGCAAAGGAGAGAGAAAACAACGAGAACUCCAACAGCAAUAGUCACAACCCAUUGACUUCUUCAAUGAAUGGAAAUAAGACUCUAUUGGGCAGCUCGGAUGACGAUAAAACGCCCUCGGGGACGCCGGAUCACACGUCUCAGAGCCCGGCUCUGCUGCUUGCCUCAAACGCCGGUUUACAGUCCUUGCACGGCCUCGCUCCCCCACCGGGACCCAGCGCCAUCCCGGUACCGGGCGGCGCAGACUCGGUGCACCACCAUCACCACUCAUUGCACCACGACACCAUACUGAACCCUAUGUCUUCUAAUCUAGUGGACCUUGGCUCUUAAAAACCGGCACUUGAAUAAACUCAAACACCCUCCCCCCCUUCUCCUUCUCCUUCUCCUUCUUUUUUUUUUGGGAAAAGUAUUUCAGCGAGCUUGAACCACUUGCCGGAAAACUAUGGUGGUGAAAAAAGCCACAGUUACAAAUCAUUUAGCCCCAAUUUCUAAAAAACAAAACAAACCCUGAAAGUCUUACAAACACAACAGGAGAAGGAAAACUUUUGAGUGGACUCAGAAUCUCCAGCUAUCAACAUCCUUGUUGCAAGGAACAAGUGACAAUAGAGCACUUACUUCAAAACAGUCGCCAUUUUCUUACACUAUUGGCAUAUUUAAUUUUUUAUUGUUAUUAUUAUUAUUCAUUUUACUACAAUGUAGCGUGAAAGAUGAAUACUUUUUUUUGCAGUGGUGGUGCAGAUGAAAGAUGAGGUUGGUUAUUUAAAAAAACAGAGACUAAAAAAAGGAGGGGACAAAAUAAAUAUAUUUUACCGGAAUGUAAUAACACAACCUGUUAUAUUGUCGAAAACAAUACAAUAAAAUGUCUUAAUUCUUGUUAUUAUUAUAUUAUUUGUAGGGGUUUAGAUGUAUCAGCGGACUCUGUAUAGGCACUGAGUUAAAGGCACCCCAUCGCUUUUUUUUGUUUGUUCGUUUCCAUAUUUUUUUUUCUAAGAGAGCCAUAAACAACCUUUUUUAAGUGUGGGCAGGGGGUGGGAUGUGGAGUAUGAUGAUCAUAUAUCAAGUGUCUUAUAAGAGCCGUGAUGAGAUGCAAUAUCUUAAUCUCUUGAUGAUAUUGUUAUUAUUAAUAUUAUUUGCAUUGUUUCAUUUGGAAAGAGACUGCAUGUAAACUUUGCGACAAAUGAUGAAACAUAAAAAAACGACUCACCUAUAGUUUCAUAUACCCUUUACAAUAAAAGAGAAAAAAAAUCAACUACAUGGAUUAAACCGGAGGAUUUCUUUCAUUCUGAAUGAUUGUGUGCAGCAAACGUUUCUGUAGUUUGUCUCCAUCUGCAUGCGGAUCACUGUGUUAUAUGAGAUUAUAUCGUCAUAGGUCUAAAUGAUUCCACUUUGAUUUUGCAGACAUGGACAUUAACGCCUAGAAUUCCUGUGCAUUAUUAAUGAGCACUGAAACACCAGUUGCUUUAAAAACGACAAACAAAAUACGCAGAAUGAGGAGCAUUUGACGCACAUGCCUGCAGCUCUGUGAAAAAGUGGAUAUUGUUCUUCUUGUGUGGACAAACUCCCCGCGCGCAUGGGUCGAUAUCCCCGGGAUUAUCUACCAUCUCUGCUCAUAACUGCUGCGAGUGAAGGCGUUAAGGACGAGAACUGUCUGUUUCCUCUUAUUCCCCCACAAGGCUCGUGUCCUUGGCUUGUGCAGUUAAAAGUGAAAUUCAAGAAGUUAAGGCCUGCUAAAAAAAAGAAAGAAAAGAAUGUGCAGUAAGCAGUUUAGUCUACUGGAUGUGUCAAUGCAGUUUAUAUCUUAAAUUAUAGCGUUUUGGGUGGGGGAAAUCGAACUGCAUUGAUUUUGAAAAAAAUAUUUUUCGUCAUAUUUCUACCUGAGAAAGAGUUAAAAGUAGUUGUUAAUGAAUCUCACAAAGUAUUGGAAGUUGUGUUCAUGAGUGUUUUCUGCAAUCCAGGGUUGUUUUGAAGACAUUUUUUUUCAGUUUUAUGUGAUGCAUGUUAAUUUGAAGGCUUGUGCUUUGUCCAUGCAGUUUUGAAAGCUCUGUCCAUUUUGGCCCAGUAUUUUAUUUUAUUUUCCAUAUACAGCACUACAGUGAACAUUG